AUGAAUAACAGUGUGACUGAAUUCAUUCUGUUUGGGUUGACUCAGGAUCCGGAAAAACAGAAAGCCGUAUUUGGCGUCUUUCUUCUUCUUUACCUUCUGACUCUGCUGGCGAACUUGCUCAUUGUGGUGACUAUUAAGAAAAGCGUAACCCUGGGAAGUCCCAUGUACUUCUUCUUAUUCUACCUGUCCUUUGCUGAUGCCUGCUUUUCUACGACUACGGCUCCCAGACUGAUUGUAGAUGCUCUGUCUCAGAAGAAAACGAUUUCCUACAAUGAAUGCAUGACUCAGGUCUUUGCAUCUCAUUUCUUUGGGUGCAUGGAGAUCUUUGUGCUCAUCAUCAUGGCUUUUGACCGUUACGUGGCCAUUUGUAAGCCCCUGCGAUACACAAGCAUCAUGAACAGGCGUGUCUGUAGUGUGUUAGUGAUUGUGGCCUGGGUAGGAUCUUGUAUUCAUUCUUCAGCACAGACUUUCCUGGCUUUGCAACUGCCCUUCUGUGGCCCCAAUGUGAUUGAUCACUAUUUCUGUGACUUGCAGCCCUUGUUAAGACUUGCUUGCAUGGACACGUAUGUGAUAAAUUUGCUAGUUGUGUCCAACAGUGGGGCCAUAUGCAUGGUGAGUUUCAUACUCUUGCUUAUGUCCUAUGUUGUCAUAUUAUACUCUCUGAGAAACCACAGUGCAGAAGGAAGGCGGAGAGCUCUUUCCACCUGCACCACCCAUUUUAUUGUGGUGGUCCUAUUUUUUGGCCCUUGUAUAUUCAUAUACACACGCCCAGCAACCACAUUUCCAGUGGACAAGAUGAUGGCUGUGUUUUAUACAAUUUGUACACCCUUUCUCAACCCUCUGAUUUAUACACUGAGGAAUGCAGAGGUGAAAAAUGCCAUGAGAAAGUUAUGGUGUCACAAAUUGUAA